AUGGCGUUAUCGACUCUCGACGCGUCUGAUCUGAAAAGAUCACAAGAAGAAAGAGCUUUAAAAAGCUUUCAAUAUCGACAGAAAAACAAGCCCCGUCGACUCGGUCCCGAUGUCCUAGUGAAAACGUCGAGAAGCGGAAAACCCUUCAAAGACCACGACAAAUUCGGUUUGGAUUUCAACGUCGAGUACUCGCUGAACAAGAAUAAUCGCUGGGAAUUGCCGGAGGUGAUUGCCGGUGAAUUGCCCAGACAUCAGCGAGCCACCCUCUCCACAGUGAACGUCAACCUGGCCUUUAGCAAGAAAGAAUUGCAGAAAAUCGAGGAAACGAAGAGCUACGAUCAGAGAUUUCAUCUCAAAGGCGCCUCAGCUAUCGAUUUUCUUGAGUCCAAGGACGGGGAAAUGACGAAAAAGAUGGCCCGAACCGGCCGCGCUCAAUUGAGGACGUGGAACAACCCCAAGAAGCACUCCCGAAACAGCAAUGAUUGUCCUGACGAGGAGAUUCGAGUGAUUUGCAUUUGCGGGAAGUGUCGACCUGAAAAGGAGAAUAUUCUCGACUACACAGUGCUCACCUACACAACCACGUGCAAAGAUGGAGAUCGAAGAUUUUGGCGAAUGCGACAACAACAAUGUGAUGGUGAUGAAGGGAAAGAUCAAGGGAAAGAGCUUACUUCCCCAACCGAUGACCCUCACCAACAAUUCGUCGCCUACUUGCCGAAAAAGAAGAAAAACGAGGUCCGUCGACAAAAGCACACAAAACACAUGUACGCCGAU